CAAUGACGCUAUUCCGUUUCCAAGCACAACCGACUCCAUCCAUUCCAAACAAGGUGUUGCAGGAAUUUUUCAGUCAGCUCGGAGUUGGAUAGCGGUUUUAGGACUGAAGUUCAUAUAACCAGGAGGACAGUCCCUUUACAACACAUUUAAACAUUAAUUUUACACUCCUCUUUGGUUUCACGAAUUGCUUCGAUAGUAGAGAUCCAUAAUGAGUGAUUUUGGUUUCAAUGAGCAUCACCAGAAUGAAAUCAUCAACUAUAUGCGCUUUGCCCGUGCUAAGAGGACCCUGAGACUCAAGACCAUAGACUCCUGCUUUCAAGACCUGAAAGACAGCAGGCUGGUGGAGGACACGUUCACAGUGGACGAGGUGUCUGAGAUGCUGGACGGUCUGCAGGUGGUGGUCCGUGGGGAAGUGGACACAGAGCUGCUGAACACGGCCCACACCAACGUGCUGCUUCUGCGCCAGCUCUUCUCCCAGGCUGAGAAGUUCUACCUUCGGCUGCAGAGCGACAUCUCUGAGCUGGAGAACAGGGAGCUUCUAGAACAGGUUGCUGAGUUUGAGAAGACAGAUUUUAAAUCUGGCAGAAAGACAAACCAGGAGAUUAGCAGACCAAAGUUAGCACCACUAAAUGAAGGCGGAGUGUCAGAACUGCUGAACAAGGAAAUUGGAAGACUCCAGGAGGAGAAUGACAAGCUGAAAGCCAGACUACAGACCCUGGAGUCUCAGGCUACGGGUGCUCUGGAUGAGCGGUCCAAGGCAGAGAGAGCUCUGAAAGAUCUGCAGGGCAUCCAGGGGGAGCAGCAGCUUGCUGUGCAGUCACAGGAAGUGAGUAGCCUGGAGGACACUGUUGCCUCACUGCAGGCCGAGUUUCAGAAGUCUCUGAGCGCCAAGGAGGCCUCACAGCGGGACCUGCAGGAGAACCUGGUGUCAGCCAAACACGAGUUGCUGCGCGUGCAAGAGCAGCUGACUUUGGCUGAGAAGGUGAAAUGCUCUCUGCAUGCACAC